AAAAAAAUAAAUGUUCCCCAUCUCAACUUCGCUUCACUUGUGUUUUUUUCUAAUUUUACUGUCAUUAGGCCGAUAAUUUGAUGCAUAUUUUGUAUGCAACAGUUACUUUGACUACAUAUCGUGCAUUAUUAUGUUUGAAUUCAUCGCAGGGAGUGCUCUAAGUGCUUCUAAUAACUAAAAUCAAUAACAAUCAGUGACCAACAAAGUUACCAAGAUGAAUUAUGAAGCGGAGAGAGCUAUGAAUCAGAAGCGGCUGCGUAUGGAGGGUGAGCCGGGGCACGGAGUCGUCCAGGGGAACGGGUUACCGCUGAAUUAUAUAGAUAAUGGUCACCAGAUACCGUACCAGCCUUACGCUGGUGCAUAUAAUACACAUUACCCACCCCCGGAUGCGUUUGCGGCGUAUGGUCCUCCGCCCCCGGGUGGUUACGCGCCUCAAAACUUAUCGUAUGCCCCACCGGCGCAUCAAAACUAUCCUCAUCACCAGAGCUUCCCGCCACAACAACCUCCACAGGCCCAAUUGCAUAUGCAAUCGCACAUGGGUAAGUUAUUCCAAGGGUACGGAGAUGUGGGGGUGCACAAACCUGCGUGGCCACCCCAACCUCACCUGUUGCCUCCACUCGACACCCAGAAACCUCUAGAUGUGAAACAAUUGAAACCAGAAAUCAAACUUGAACCAACAGACGCACAGAAAAGAUCACAUCCUGAAAAUGAAUUGAUGGGAGGUGAUCUGGAUCAACCCAAAAUAAAAAUCAAGACAGACAUAUUUAAACCUGACGACUUAGCCCAAAGACCUGUUGUUGAGAAACCUCUUGACAUUGCUCAAAAACCUCUGGAGCCUCACAAACCACCAGAACUACAAAGUAGAGAUGAUGUGCCCGUGAGUGCAGAGAAUAAAAUCACAGACAAAUCUGGAGAAUCAUGCCAAUUGGAAGGCGCGAAAGAAGGUUCCGUUGAUAUUCAACGUACUACCGAAGCAAGCCCAGCCCUUGAUAAAUCGAGAGAAGAAGAGAGGAAACCGUUCAGUAGUCCAGAGUCAGGCAAAUCAGGAUCUACUCCGGGCAAGACGCCUACGUCAAGUUUAGAGCCCAAAAAACGGGGCCGCCCCAAGGGCUCGACGAACAAGCCGAAGCCCCCGGGCGCCGCGCCCCGCCCGCAGGCCUCCACGCCGCGCCCCCCGGCGCCCCGCCCCGCCGUCACGCCGCCCCGACCCAGGCACGCCCCCUAUCAGUACGCAGUACGACCGUUCAGGAAGGACUUCAGCGGCAUACAGUUCCGCAGGCGAUGGAGCGACGAUUGCCUCGAUUCAUCUCACAUACCCAACGAGGUUUACUUCGGCGACGUGCCCGUCUCCACUGAAGUGUUAUUCAACUACUACGACGCGAAUGCCGAGCGCGAACGUUUAGCCACACAAGCAGCACAAAUAGCUGCCCAGAAAGCGGCUGCGGCUAAGUUGGCAGCCGCCAAACUUCAAGCCAGAGGGAUCAUAUCAAACGAGGUAACGACGGUAGACUCUUCAUCAUCAGAAGAGUCGUCGGGAUCAUCAGGGAGUGAUUCGGAAGAAAGCGACGAGGAAACGCCUUUAAAACGCGGCCCGGGUCGGCCGAAAGGGUCUAAAAACUCCACUAGUCCCAAACCCGGGGCGACGCCCGGAACUCCCGGUAGACGAGGCCGUCCGCCCGUUCCGUUAGAACUCAGGCAGCCGGGUAUUACGGACAUGAAGAAGUUCUGCAAGGCGGCUGGGAUACGGUUCGACUAUAAGAAACUGGUUGAAGGUUGCACAAAGAAUAAGGAGCGUGUUCAAAAGAUGUUAGAUCUAUUAACGGCGGCGGGCUUAGAAGGCAAACCGACGUUAGAGAAGUGCAAGGCGCUCAAACAGGCCAAGAUGGACAAGAAGGAACAAGAGAAACAGGCUAAGAAAGAGGCGAAGGCCAAGCAUAAAGACAAGGAGGGCGCGGAGACAGAAGGCGGGGACGCAUCCACCCGUAGAAUGACGCGUGGCGCGACGGGAGUGAAGCCGCGCCAACGUAUCGUGAUUUCAUCGGACGAGGAGGACGACACGCCGGCCGCGCGCCGCACUCUCUCCAAGCUGCGGUCCAGCGUCAACUCUGACUCCGACGACGAGUAGUAAUCCUUCAGUUCCCUGCUCUUGUUAAAGCAGUGUCAGCUUACUGCUGCACUCAUUAGGCAGUGAACGGACUCACCGAACCUCUAGAAAGUGCUUCGACGGAGGUGCCACGGUGCAAAGAAGGUAGACUGGCGCUCUUUCCUACUAAUAUUAGGUGAUAUUCUUCUAAAUUACGAGCGAAUACAACAAACCCUGAUUGUAUAAUAAAAUAUGUGUGCGGUGGUAAUUGUAAAGAUUCUUUUUGUAAUCACGUCGAGUCAGUAAGUUAGUGAAAAUAGAAUGGUUAUUGUACUAGUGGAAACUAGAUUUAGUUUGCUUUUGUUUUACGGCAACACCUUUGGUUAACUACUCUAAGAAAGUAUUGAGGCUCUUUUAAAUUUAAAAAAAGUUGCCAGUUAUUGGUUUAAGGGAAACUGUGAUAUAUGUGUAUCUAUAUCUCUCUCUCGUAUUUACGUCUAUCUAUUGUUUAUGUAUGAAAAUUAAUAAAAUCAAAAUUAACCCAUUUACUUUUUAUAUGUUUUUUAAUAUUAAUGUCUUAAAGUGGUUAAUCGAAGGUGAUAUUGAUAUUGCAAUUAUUCAAAUAAUGUUGUCUAAAAGCAUACUUUGAGUGUGUAAUGAAAUAAUUGAGUGCUCAGUGCGAGUUUUUAUUUACUCAUAAAAACUUAAAACUGAAAAUGACAAAGAGCGCCAUCUAGUUAAAAAUGCAGCGUACUAUAGCUCAAAAAUCAAACAAGUCAAUAUAUUUUUUAGAACAAUAUCAUACAUUCCGUUUAUAAAACAUGCAUCUGAGUUUAAAAACUCGCACUAGUCACACUGUUUUCGAGAAUUAUUAGCAAGAAUCGCUAGAUGUUCUCGAUAAUCAACGGAAGAGUGGAUAUGUUCCUAAUGUAUCGUGUGGCGAUUAAAUGAUGGAAACACGCAUGUAACUUGACUGUUUAUAAUUCCCACACUUUACUUGGCUAUUCGUGUUAGCUAUAUGAGGAGCUGGCGAACAAAACGGUAUAAUUACAUAAAA